AUGUCAAGCAUAAUUGAUUCUUGUAUUUUCAGAGAUAUCUUUGGGUCCGGCCCUAUGCGAGACAUUUGGUCCGACAAAAGACGGACCGAGUACUAUUUAGAGUGGGAAGCUGCGCUUGCUAUCGCCCAGGCAAGAUUGGCCAUCAUACCGGAGGAAGCUCGUGAUGUGAUUGUCGAGAAAUGCAAGAUUGAGAACAUGGAUUUCGAAAAGUUGAAGCGAGAUACCGAACUUAUCGGUUAUCCGGUUCUGGGAGUGGUGCAACAGAUCGUUGCUCUAUGUCCCCACGAACUUGGCGGAUGGUGCCAUUUUGGUGCAACCACUCAGGAUGUGACGGACACCGCCACAGUCAUGGCUAUUCGGGCCUCCCUUGACUUAAUCGAAAACCAGCUUGACGAACUCAUGCACCAUAUUGCCAAUUUGGCCGAAAAGUACAGAGAACAGCCAAUGGUGGCAAGAAGUAAUAUGCAGCAAGCGGUACCGAUCACUUUUGGAUUCAAAAUGGCGCGUCUUUUAGCUACGCUUCAGCGCCACAGGAAGCGAAUGGCACAGAUCCGUGAGCGAGUUCUCACAUUGGAAUUUUCGGGUGCUGCAGGUACUUUGGCCUCCAUUACGGACUCACUGAAGGCCACUCAGUGUCAAGAGCAAUUGGCACAGGAACUCGACCUCCGCGUACCGGAAAUCGCGUGGCAUACAGAGCGUGAUGGGAUUGUCGAGACUGGAACUUUUUUAGCCAUGUUAUGCGGGACCCUAUCGAAGUGCGCCACGGAUGUCAAGCUUAUGAUGCAAACAGAAGUGGGGGAGGUUUCUGAACCGUUUGUACCUCAUCGAGGCUCCAGUUCCGCCAUGCCAAACAAGGUGAACCCUAUAAGCUGUGUUUACAUCCAUGCUAUAGCCGCUACCGUACGUCAACAUGCAGCCGCGCUGAUGGAGUCCAUGGUGCAAGACCACGAAAGGUCCAGCGGACCUUGGGUCAUUGAAUGGAUCGUUUUGCCAGAGAUAUUCAUUUUGACCGCCGGUGCACUGGAUCAAGCUUGCCACUUGAUGGGUGGUCUCGUAGUGCACCCUGAAGCCAUGCUUCGAAAUCUUUACUUGACCAAUGGCCUGGUGGUCUCCGAGGCGGUGAUGAUAAGACUGGCUCCCCUAUUAGAUCGGAAGCGAGCGCAUGAUCUUGUGUAUGAUUGUUGCCGCCGAGCAUCAUCAGAACAUAAAACCUUGGCUGAAAUAUUGAAAUCCGACCCUCAAGUGACCGAGCUGAUCUCGGAUCAGCAAAUAGAUCAAUUGUGUGAUCCGCGACAUUAUCUAGGGCUAUCUUGUGAUAUGGUUGACAAUGUAUUGAAGGAGUACAAGCGUAGUUCCCGCAAAGAAUAA